AUGACAAAUAACAAGAACAUAAUUUGCCCACUGCCUUUACCUCCCCGUUAUAAAUGGCUUGUUCCACCCACAUACGCCCCCUCCCUCUCUCUCUCUAACCUCUUCUCAACACGCAGAAAUGUUAUUUCAUUAACCGGCCUAUUAAAUCUACAUCUUUCGUCUUAUCUAUCUAUCUAUCUAUCUAUCUAUUUUAGUCUGUUCACAUUAUCUAUCUAUCUAUCUAUUUUAGUCUGUUCAUAUCUAUCUAUCUAUCUAUCUAUCUAUCUAUCUAUCUAUCUAUCUAUUUCAGUCUGUUCACAUUAUCUAUCUAUCUAUCUAUCUAUCUAUCUAUCUAUCUCAGUCUAUUCAUAUCUAUCUAUCUAUCUAUCUAUCUAUCUAUUUUUAGUCUAUUAUCAUUUUAGUCUGUUCAUUAUCUAUCUAUCUAUCUAUCUAUCUAUCUAUUUUAGUCUGUUCAUCAUUAUCUAUCUAUCUAUAUCUAUUUUAUCUAUCACAUCAUCUAUCGAUCUCUAUCUCUAUAUUUUAGUCUAUCUAUCUAUCUAUCUAUCUCAGUCUAUUCAUAUCUAUCUAUCUAUCUAUCUAUCUAUCUAUCUCUAUCUAUCUAUUUCUAUUCAUAUUUCUUCUGAUCCUUAG